UGACGGCAAGGCCACCGCACAUCCUCCGGACAAGUUCCUACUCUCCUCAAGACAGUACAAAAUGACCCACGACGCCGUUUGGUUCUCCCGCCCCCGCAAGUUCGGCAAGGGCAGCCGUCAGUGCCGUCUCUGCGCGCACCAGGCUGGUCUCAUCCGCAAGUACGGCCUUGACCUCUGCCGUCAGUGCUUCCGCGAAAAGGCUGCCUCCAUCGGGUUCCAGAAGACCCGGUGAGAGCACCGCGCGGCGUCUCGUCUCGUUUCGCUCUCUGCCAUCGCUCUCUGUUUCUUCGUCUCUCUGCACCACCUCGCGCGACGCACUAGAAAAUGGGCCCCUCAUGUAUGCAGUAGUAUGCCAUGCUGAACACGACUCCACACACAUGGGCUUCACCGGCCGUCGGGAUAUUGUCCCUUCUGUGUGCUCGCUUGGACAUAUCAUCGUCAAAGAGAAGUUUGUUAGCUGCC